CUGGAAGCAGGGGAAGCUCAAGAAGGCUCCUGGCUGCCUCGCGGCCGAGUGUGCUUAUUGGACCAUGUGCUGCUAUGUAUGCCUGGAGUACUUGAAAUGCAAAUUUGGAGAGACUUUGCCAUCUAAAUGCUUGGCUGGAUUAAGCGCCUAAUUAGGAUGGUUUUUCAACAGGUUGGAGUAAGCAUGCAAUCGGUACUUUGGUCUGGGAAGCCAUAUGGUUCAUCUCGAAGUAUCGUAAGGAAAAUUGGUACUAAUUUAUCUCUGAUCCAGUGUCCAAGAGUUCAGUUUCAGCUUACCAGCCCUGCAACAGAAUGGAGCCCUAGCCAUCCAGGAGAGGAUGCAGUGGUGUCUUUUGCUGAUGUUGGAUGGGUAGCCAACGAAGAAGAAGAGUGUUCAACAAGACGAAGGACAGAGGUCAGAUCAAGGCAGCCCCUUCAGGAUGGCCUGCCUUUCUUUGAGAAGCCGCCAAGCAGGGAGCUUUCCUUACCAAACCUGUCUCCAGAAGAGCCUCAACUGAAGACAGCACUGGCAAAUGAGGAAGCACUACAGAAGAUCUGUGCCCUUGAAAAUGAACUUGCUGCUCUCCGAGCUCAGAUUGCCAAAAUUGUGACCCUGCAAGAACAGCAAAAUCUCAUUGCAGGUGAUUCAGAUUCGACCACAUCCGUUACUGCGGCCCCACCCUCUGUCCCACCACCUCCCCCGCCCCCACCUCCUCCGCCCCUCCCCACACCAGGGCUCCACCAAAGUGUAUCUGCUAUUGACCUGAUAAAAGAACGAAGAGAGAAAAAAGCCUGUGCUGGAAAGACUCAGGUUAAGAGCAGGCCAAAGAAACCGGAUAUGCCAAAUAUGCUAGAGAUCCUUAAAGAUAUGAACAGUGUAAAACUUCGGUCAGUAAAAAGGUCAGAACAGGAUCUAAAGCCCAAACCUGUGGAUGCUACCGACCCUGCUGCCCUCAUAGCAGAGGCUCUGAAAAAGAAAUUUGCCUUUCGAUACCGAAGUGAUAGUCAAGGUGAAGUUGAAAAAGGAAUUCCAAAGUCUGAAUCAGAGGCCACCUCAGAAACAGUGUUGUUUGGGCCGCACAUGUUGAAGUCUACAGGAAAAAUGAAGGCUUUGAUUGAAAAUGUUUCAACUUAAUAAUAGCUGAAGAAAAACUAUCCUUGUUCCAGCUGUUGGUUUGUUAGGGCUAUUUGGCUAGUAGAAAUCAACACUAGUUAGUAAAUACCUGAAUUUAGUAUUCAGUAGUCUCCUUUAGGUCUAAUAAAAAAGCACUCUAAGUCUG